GUCCAUGUGUCCCCGUCGUGAGAGGAUUAAAGUUGCCAGCAGUCUAUAUUUGCCGAGGACGGGAACCAAUACAAGGUCUCGCUGUGUCGCUGGAGCGGAGUAUUAUUAGCAGUUCAGACAGUGCAACUGUCUCUCUGUGGUCAUGCACUGCAGCUAUAAAAGAAUCCUGUUUCACACGUCAAGAGUAAACACUAAGGGAGAACCUGUUUAAAGAUAAAAAACACUGUGCUGGGGAAGAAGAUAAACGAUCAUCAGGCUCUCAUGCUGGCUGCCAGAAACCCUCCCUUCCACGCCCCCAGCCAUGCCUGCUACGGCCAAACCCAUCAGGAGGCAGACACCCGCUCAGAGGAAAAACGCCCGGAGAGUGGUCAGCGCCAAGCGGCAAACGUGUAACUCCAACAAACCCCGAGGAAGAGCAACAGCGAGGCCCCAGAAAACACCCAAAGAAGAACCCAAAAGGUCAGGCACCAGGGCCAGGACGCACUCCAGUCAGAGCCCGCGGGGCAGGGAAUUCAGUAAGCCUGUGGAUCCGGGUCCUGGGAGGUCCCCAGCCAGGGGCAAAGCUGCUGUCAAUGCAGCAGGGUCUCCAAGACGUCGACGACCCAGCACCUUGUCCGACGCCUGCGCAGAGUUAGAAGAGCAUCCAGGGCGAAGGAAGUCGCCCCGGGGCACGAGCCUGUCCGCCGCUCCCCGCCAGCCUUUUGAAGCCCGCAGUCGAGGGAAAACCAGCAUCAAGAGACGGGAAGCAUCGCAGCCCCGGAACACCAGGAACCGGCCCUCCACCGGCACCCACGACUCAGCCGCCAAAGACGAGGGGAGCGGGGAGAGAGAAGAGAAACCGGACCCCUGCAACGCUGAGGAAACCCCUCCGGUCUCUCUAAAAACUGGAAUCGGAGAUCGUAGUGCGGCAGUGACCAACGCUAAAGAGGACAGGCCUCUUAAAGCAGACUUACCACCGUGCAACAACACACUGGAAGACUGUGGGCACCACGGCUGUGACAGCAUUUCACGCCUGCGAGAUGAACAGACCGGAAGCCAUGACGGUGAAGGGGAUGUAACGGGUGGGAGCGGGACCCCUGGUUGUGAGGACGCGUACAGACAGGCAAAACUCUCCAAUGAGCCGCCUCCUCCUCCCGGCUGCGGCCCAACAGGGGUGCAGGGCAGCGUGGAGGGAAGGGCAGCUUCAUCCAUCCUCACACGUGAGCUCGAUCAUGGCAAGGAGGACGACGCGUUGGAAUCCAAAGAGAACAGAACGGGUGGAAGUGCGAUGGUUGUUACUGGGAAAAAGGAGGAGAAAGAAAUGGCUGAACAGCGGCGUGGCUGUGGGGGCGAAGAGGAAAAACAAAAGGAGAGCAGUGUCUCCAUCGCUUCUGCUGACGCUCGCUGCACCUCAGCCUCUGACAAGGAAGUGACGGCACAGUCGCGCUCACCUGUACAGGUGCUACCGCUCUCCAACGCAGCUACCUCAAAUCCCACCAAAGCCACCUCCACGUCACAGUCCCAAUUAGAGGUUCUGAGGCAGGGCCCGGCGGACAUGCAACCUGCAAUUUAUGGUGCUAAACUACAAAUCCCAGGGUCCUCAGCCGUCCCCGACGCAGCCCUAAAGUCAGAGACGGUGCUGGUGAAAAGAAAUACGCCGGUUAUUGUUCACAGUGACUCCCUCAAACCCAGGAUCUUGAGGGAUUCAGACAAGGGGGGGCCUCAAAUGCUGCAGAGCCCAGAGAUCCCUUCCCAUCAAAGAGAAAGACAAACCCACACAGAAACGGAGACACACACCAAAGACAGGGAACCCACUCCAGAAGCAUUGGAGCGCCACAGCCAGAGAGGCUCACCUCUGCUUGUGUCGUCGCCAGCGCCGCCGUCGGGAACCGGUGCCCCUGCGGUGGAGCGCGGUCCGAACCCCGCAGACGGCAGCAUUGUGGGAGCAGCAGCGGAGCUGGACCAGGUGCCAAAGAUCCCCACUCCUUCCCUGGACAGCAGCACCACCUUCUCCUGCAGCUCCGAAAGCACGCGCUCCUCGUUCACUUUGGACACCGAGUCAGAGGCCGGCUACGGGGAGCCCGGCCCCCCGGUUCCGCCCGUGCCCCCGCGGUCCGGCCCGAAGGCGCAGAGGAGGGAGAGGAAGAAGCGGAGCAGGUGCGGGAAAUGCGAGCCGUGUCUGAGGAAGAUUAACUGUGGCCAGUGCAGCUGUUGCCUCAACCGCAGGACUGGCCACCAGAUCUGCAAGUUGAGGAAGUGCACAGAACUGAAGAGGAGAAGCCCUUCAUCUCCACUCACUAUCUCUGCUGCACAGGUGCUUCCGGAAAGUGGGUCGGUAAAUGGCAAAGGCAAGGCACAGAUGGAUGACACCCACAUGGCAGCAGAGGAGGAUGAGGGGGAAGAAGGCCACAUACCUCAACAACCCCCCCCCCCCAUCACCCACAACCUGGCCUUGGACCAAACCGGACGGCCAGCACUUAAAAACCAGCCCCGGCUUGAGCUGACAAGUGCUGCACUUCCCCAACAUCUAUGCUCUUCUGUAACUUUAAAAAAUGGAUAUGCUGAGGACUUGACAAAACAUAAUGGUGCUAACAUGACCACUGAGUCACACUCUGAGCUAAAGUCUGCGCUUAAAAGAACUAUGAUGGCGUCAGAGCAUCAUAGGUCUGUUGUAGCUCCGAUCCCUAAAGAGGACAUACUCAAGACGCCUCCAGUGGACGUGUCGGUUCCGCUGAAGAAGAUCAAACUGGAGGAUCCGUGGAUGUGGCUCGGCGAGCCAGCCACCGCCCAGCUGAGUGACGAGGAGGAGGUCUGCGAGGACCCGCUGUCCACACUGGCGGCCGUGGUGUGUCUGUCUGUCACAGAGAGGAAGGGACUGGAGCAGAAGCUGUUUGGCUCACGUUCCAUUUUUUGCACCAUCAAAACAGAGCCCCCGGAUUUGCACAAAGUCAUCAAAAAGGAGCCAGAGGACUUCACAGAUGACGUGUGCCAUAAAAGCACUCCUGUUUGCAUACAAAGGACCCCCCAACUCAUCAAAAGUGAGCCUCCUCCCGAUGCCUUGCUACCAAGUGUGCAGUUUUUGGCAGAGAGGAGGAAUCUUAGUUUUGAUCAGGCUAUUGCAAUUGAGGCCUUGACUCAACUGGCAGCUGUACCUCAAAGCACCCCCGGGUCCACUGAAGCUGAAAGUAAGAGUCAACGUGUGUCAAAAUCUGCAUUUUCCACCUCAGAUGCAACGCAGCAAGAGGCUGUCCGCUACAACAAAGUUUCUGUCAUCAGCUCACCACUCCACCAGACGUCCGUCAUAUGCCCUCCUGUGGCCAGGCAGGGGCAUGUCAUACAGUGCUCCCAGGGAUUAGGCUUCAACACAAAGCUGUCCCAGCAGAACCUCCUAGAACCCAGGUCAGACAGAGCACCUUGGAGAGGAACGGAGCGAGCCAUUGGUUCGCAUGUCAUCAAGUCUGAGUGCAGCCAUCAGGACGCUCGAGACAAGAAGUUCCACAAAGAGCACGAGUGCGUGGAGGACAGAGGUAGAGUGGUCGGCAAAGAGAGGCGAAACAGAGACGAGGAGGAAGUGGCGGCUCAGCUGGCGGACCUGGCCUUCAUCAUCCAGUCCCGACACAACCAGCAGUCGGAGAACAACCCUCCCAAAGGAACACCCGUGUCGGCCAUUAAAUACAACUACAGCUCCCAGCUAACGCCCAGUCAGAAAAAUACCCUAAUAAAGAAAUCCAAGACAACCCCCUCCAAGCCCAGGAAGAAGAAGAUCAACGAUGGAGGGCAAGAGAAACCGAGUCCGAGGACCCCUCUCUCGAAACGCAUGCCGAAUGGAGAGAAGCCCUACAGGAGUAGAGGCCAGAAGAAUGUCUCACAAGGCAAGUCAGCACCUCAGCAUAAGAGGAACCUGUUCCUUCCUCAGGCCCAAAUUGACUUGAAGAGAUACUUAGCUGAAGCCCAGGAGGAACGGAGGCAACUCAUCUGUCACAGUAAUGCACAAAACGGUGCUAUGGCCAAGAUCAGCCUCCCUUUAGGUCACGACAACCAGUCUACAUCCCUUUCAAACGGUCUGCUCCAUUAUCCAUUUAACAGUCAUGCUGCAGGACCAGCUCAUUUGUUAUCUCAGGUAAUUCAGCCCCUUGCAGGGCUGCAGCACAGCGCUGAUCACACUACCAGCCCGGCCGAUGCCCCCCUCUCCAGCGAGGCCACUGGGCCCCACGGUCUGACCAACGGCUUCUCCCAGGCUCGACAGUCCCCCCCGCCCAGCCAGCAGAGCUACUACAAACUGGAGAGGUCGGGGCCUGUCACUGUCCUGUCCACGGACGCAGAGAGGACCCACUCCGCAGAAUCAACCCCAUCCAAAAACAGCAUCAACAACUUUCUGGAAUCUCCCAUGAGUUUUCUGGAUACGCCAGUCAAGAACAUACUCAACACACCUUCCAAAAAACUAGCCGAUUUUCCAUCCUGUCAGUGCGUGGACCAAAUCGUUGAAAAGGAGGAAGGCCCCUACUACACCCACCUUGGGGCGGGUCCUAGUGUCGCCGCAGUGAGGGAGAUGAUGGAGAUCAGAUAUGGUGCCAAAGGAAAUGCAGUCAGGGUGGAGGUUGUUGUUUACACCGGGAAGGAAGGAAGGAGCUCCCAGGGAUGCCCUAUAGCUAAAUGGGUGAUCCGACGUGGCAGUGAGGAGGAAAAGCUGCUGUGUCUGGUGCGCCAGAGGCCAGGGCACCGCUGUGACACAGCUGUGCUGGUGAUCCUCAUCCUGGUGUGGGAGGGGAUCCCUCGCUCAAUGGCGGACCACCUCUACCAGGACCUGACUCAGACCCUCUUCAAGUACGGCUCCCCCACCAGUCGUCGCUGUGCCCUGAAUGAAGAUCGUACAUGUGCGUGCCAGGGGCUGGACCCAGACACCUGCGGCGCUUCCUUUUCCUUCGGCUGCUCCUGGAGUAUGUACUUUAAUGGCUGUAAGUUUGCACGCAGCAAAGUGCCCCGCAAAUUUCGCCUGCUUGGAGACUACAAAGAGGAGGAAGAGAAGGUAGAGAACAACCUCCAGAAUCUUGCCAGUGACCUCGCGCCGCUUUACAAGAAACUCGCUCCUGAGGCUUUUCAAAACCAGGUGGAAUGUGAGCAGACGGGACAAGACUGUCGGCUGGGCAGGAGGGAGGGUCGUCCUUUUUCUGGAGUCACAGCUUGUGUGGAUUUCUGUGCUCACGCGCACAAGGACACGCAGAACAUGAAUAACGGGAGCACUGUGGUUUGCACUCUCACUAAGGAAGAUAACCGCGCGGUGCGCAACAUACCAGAAGACGAGCAGCUCCAUGUCCUGCCGCUUUACAAGAUCUCAGACAGGGAUGAGUUUGGUCAGGUCGAAGGCCAGUGGGCCAAAAUCCAAACUGGUGCUUUGCAAGUUCUGUCUUCCUUUCCCCGCGAGGUACGUUUACUGGCUGAGCCGGUAAAAUCAGCUCGGAAAGUAAGGCAAGAAGCUCGUCAGAAGGCUCAGGCAGAGAAACUGGAGAAGAAGCUCGGACUGACUCCUCUCACACCUGGAAAAGUAAAGAGCGAAACCCCGCAUAAAGAGCCUCAAGGUUACUACAGCUCAUACAAACUACCCCCCAGACCUGCCAGCGUUGGAAGGUAUUUACCAGAGAGGAAUCAGUCCACCGGCAGUCAUCCUGUUCAUGGGGCAGGGAUCGCCCCGCAGGGGGUGGUGCUCUCUCCCAACCAGCAUGGCCUCCCUGGCCUCCAGUUUGGACAGAACAGCUCAGCUCUCAGUUACAAGACAAUGAGUGACGCCGUUAAUGGUUAUUCCCCAGCAUCUGGUGACCACAGUGCUCAGUCAGAACGUAUACCUCCGCACAAUACCUUCGGUGACUAUCCCUGUACUUUUAAAACUGAGCCCAACAAGGUGCACUGCUCUCCUCUGCGCCGACCCUCCCCCAGUGGGAGUGCCCCUCCUCCCUCCUCUUUCUCUCCUAGACCUACCUCUGAGGGCCUUUUCAGCAGGCUCAAUGGACUCCACAGGCCAGAAGGAGAUGGUGCAACAGAGGUCAGGGGUCACGGCCUCCCUCCGCUCUCAACUCUUCCGCUUAAUCUGCAGACUACACUCAUUGAACCAGAAGAGGUGAAGCAGGAAGAGGUGUGGUCAGACAGCGAGCACAAUUUCCUGGACAAUGACAUAGGCGGAGUCGCCGUGGCGCCGUCACACGGCUCCAUCCUGAUAGAGUGCGCGCGGCGAGAGCUCCACGCCACCACCCCUAUCCUCAAGCCAAACCGCAGCCACCCCACCCGCAUCUCCCUGGUCUUCUACCAGCACAAGUCUCUGAACGAGCCAGGCCACGGCAUGGCUAUGUGGGAUGCCAAAAUGGCCAAGCGGGAGCGGGACAGGGAGGAGGAGGCUGAGAGGUUAAAGAUGGGGGACAGCCCGGGGAGCAACGGGAAAGGAGCUGGAGGCGGGGGGCUGGAGGAGGAGGGGGAGGAGGCAGAGGAGACGAGGAGGAUGAUGAAUGUUCCCACACGGCAAGCGUGGACUCUCCCGAGAGACGGAGUAAUGACCGUGUCCCCUUAUGCACUUACGCAAGUGACAGGUCCCUACAACCGCUGGACUUAGUCGACAUGUUUUACACACACAACAGACACACAGAAAUAACUCCCAACAUCCAGUGCUUCUGCCUUACCUCAAUCAACUUCAAACUGCUACUCUCAUUUUUACGUUUCUAAUAUCUGUCUGUUCACUUUGCCCUUCUUCGUCUCCGCCUUCAAAAGGAGGAGGAAGACUGAAGUUUGACGGCUUUUUAACUGUGAGUCUCGGUGUCGGUUUUUAAUGUAGAGAGAUGGUGCUUUGAAGCAUUUUAAAGAUGUUUUAAAACUGGUUUUAUACACACGAUUAAGAACAAAAAAAGAUGUGAUUAUUUAUUCUGAUCAUAACGAUUUCUAUUUAAUUCCUGGUGUAAGCCUGUUUACUGCAAGAUUUCUAUUAUAACCUGCAUUAAGUGCUCAGAAUUUCUGUUUCAUAAUAGGACUCUAUGCUCUUUAGUUCAGACAGUAAUUCUCUCUUCAUAAGCUGAAUCUCAUUGGCUUUUGCAUCGGUGCCGUUCUCACUGUAACCUUUGUUAAACAAACGCAUAGCAUCACAUAGGUUAGAGAAUAUUGUGCGUAUAUUUACUACAGAUUGUCACAUGUAGCAUCAUUCUUUUCCUUCCCCUGCCUCUUUUGGCAGAUCAUGAAACAAAUGUACUUUGUUUUCUUUUUUUUUUUUUUUUUCAUCUGGAUGGUUUGUCUUUAUUCACAGAUAUAUAUGGUAUAUUAAGAAGCACUUUUUUUAUUUUCCUAAACUUAACUUGAAUAGGGUCCCGUUCUAUAAGCCUGAAGAUGUAUGUACAGACAGAGACAUAUGACAGUUUAUCAUAAACCCUGUUUUAUUUUUACAUUUCUGCAUUAGUUUGAAAUCCAAGGAAAUUCUGCAUAAUGAGGAAUCAUGAAAUGCUGCAACGUUGUGGUGCUUAUUCUCAUUAUUGGCACUUAGCUUCUGCUCACCUUCUGAAAAAGGAAUUUAAAAGUCUCUAAUAAUGCACAAGUGUAAUUAUGGGAUUUUAAAACCUUACUGUAAACCUUUAUGGUGCUAACGAGACCUGUAUGUGUGUCAUCUACAUCAACAGACAGUUUUUAUGUCCAUACAUAAGAAUUCAAUUCAAAACUCUGUUAGCCAAUGCUAAAUAGUUUUUUUAUUUUGCCUUCUAUACAUUUGUUGGUAAAACUCUCAAACACACUGAUAAUUACCUAAGGUUAUUUAAGGUGCUUGACCCUGGUGAAAACUUUGUUUACAAAUGGCUUUUUACAGGGUUGCAGUCAGGGUGUUGUUGUCAACUCCUGAUGAAUCAGGAUUUUAUUCAAUUAUUUUACCCUUUAAAUAGCUCUUUAUUGUAAGAACUCAUUCAUGAAUUUUUGCUAAUGUUCACACUAAGACUUGUGGUCUAACCUUUCCUAAAAGAAACAUACUUUGACUUCUUUUGGUGCUAAUCUGACAAGUUGUCGAGGUAAGUGCACACUUAACGUAGAUGUUUCCUGAACAGUGAUGACAUGGUGCUUUUUAAAACUCAACACAUACUGAUCUGUUUAAUGAUUGAAUAGACAGAUGGUUUUAUCAUUUCUCUGGAUUAUGGCUGUCUGACAGCAGACUAAGCUGCAUUAGUAUCUCACCGUCACCCAUUUUGUGUUUCAAGUGUUUGUAAAACAAUAAAAGCAGCGAAUUGUCCAGACCAGAUCCUUGUAGACUUCAAGUGUCUUCCACAGUUAACCCAGCUUCCUGGCAGUUCUCAAAAAUCACAACAGACAAAGAAUAUAAUGAAUGUACAACGCAUUUGACACCUCAUGACAAAGUUUUAGUUGUGCAUGUUUGUGUUGAUUUACUGUGGGGGACAUUCUCGGUCCAAACUGAAAGUCAAUGAGGAGCUAACACCAACACCAGCAUUCAAAAAUUUGAAGACAAAAAUUUUGUAAAUAUGUAUGUGAACCGCAUUGUUUUUACUGUACUGUUAAUGGUGUUUAGACAAUGGAUGAUCUUGCUUAUUUUGAAACUGAAUUACUGUACGUUGCUAAGUAUAUCCAUUUUAGACUUGAAAAGAGACUAAAUUUAGCAUUCCUUUCAUGGAUGGCUGAUCUCUUUCAGGAUUGUGAAAUAAAAUCAUAUUUAUAUUUUGGACCUGA